GCGCCUGUCAUUCAUCCUUUCCAGCGUAUGCAUGGCGCUACUUUGAGAAUUGGUUGCGGGUUCUGAACGAAGCAUAGCACAGCACUUUGAUACAAUGUCUCCGUCCAUGUCUUCCCAAGCGGAAACGGCAGCUCCAGCCCCCAAACAGCCGAUUGAUUCCCUCUUCGCGUUUUUGGGAACAUGUGCUGUCUAUGGACUCCUCGCCAUAGUCUUGGCUAUUCCGUCUUCUACCCUAUCCCAGAAACAGCUCUGUCUUUUUCUCGUUCCUGUUAUCAUAGUCUGGCUAGCAUAUGUCUAUACGUGGCCGGGGAUCGAUGUCGUCAUGCAAAUCAUCUGUCCGUUGUUCUACGCCAUGGACGUGCUGGUAUGGAGGGACGUUCGUGGGACAUUCAAACGGAUUCACCGCUCGAAAACCCAUACCGUCGAUCAGCCAGCUCAUUCUUCUUCUUCUGUUACUUCAAACGGACAUGUAAACGGUGUCAAUGGCAUUACAUCCUCAAAAGCUGCGCAGGCUGUUAAGCCGCCUUGCCAUGCAGAUGCCGGGAUAUGGGAAGAACCACAUCCUUCGACUAUCGUCUCCAGGCUGAAAUGGUCCUGCUAUCUUAUUUGCUCUCCCCGUUUCGGCAACUGGACUAUUGGUGACGCACGACAUGAUGCGGCCCAAUUGUCCCGUGCAGACAAAAGCAUUUCUAGACCUGCUCGGAUCCUUCAACUCCUCAACCGCUUCGUUAUUGCAUACAUGCUCGCGGAUAUUUUUGGCCUCUGGGCUCUGCACGAUCCCUACUUUGAUUGGAGAACUAAUCUCUCCAUUACCAGUCCCUUGCCGCCGGAAACCGCCAAUACUCUAGUCCGACUGCUUGGGCAGGGCAAGGUUUCUGCACUGGCCAUUUCGAAUCCUCGCUUUUGGCGCGUCCUAAUCUCUGCUACGCCGGCGUGGGCGAGCAUCGAGGCAUUCUUUGCAAUGCCGGGGCUCAUCUUCCUAUCACUCGGUGGUCUCGGCACCGUGGGUGACCAGUGGGGUCAUCCUGCCGUGUGGAGGCCUGCGUCAGGGUCAUUGGUGAGCAUUGCCGACAGGGGCUUGAGAGGGUUUUGGGGGGACUGGUGGCAUCAAAUGAUGCGAUGUGUUGCCGGCGACCCCGGUAAAAUUCUUGGUAACUGGUAUCUCCGCAACGUUUCCCAGCACUCUGCUUCUUCCAGGGCGAAAGGAGCGCCGUCAACAUCGUCGUUCCACAGUUUCAUUGCCCACGCCAUCCAUAUUAGCACGGCGUUCUUCCUUUCAGGCGUGAUGCAUGCAGGCAUGGUUCCCAAAGCCGCCUCUAGUGCAAGCCCGCUUCAUCUCGCGCUCUUCUUCUGGGUCCAAGUUCCAGGCAUCUUGAUUGAGCUAUUUGUCGAGCGUGUCUUUUUCGGUGAACCGACUAAGGGGCAAGCAAGUAGUAAUACUUCCCAAGACCGCAGAAAGAAGAGUAUGAUUGCAAAGAUUGUCCGCUUCACAUGGGCUCUUUUCUACCUUUACACAACAUUCCCUUUCUUUGGAGAACAACUUGUAGCGUUGCGACUCUGGGACAUGCACGCUGUCCCACUAAGUCCCUGUCGGUGGCUAUUCCGUGGCGAAGGGAUCGGCUUCUGGACAUGGGAGCCACGACACUUUGCUACAGUGUAACAAUCCGAGAUCACCAUGUCGUACAUCGACUUUGUCUAAACCAAUUCAAUUCAUUCAAUUCAUUCUGUUAAAAAAUUCGCUGCUUUCCCGUAAUAGUCCUAAUUCGUUUUCUUCGACUAUUCCCGUAUACAUUAAAGCUCAAUGACAAGCUUCCCCGCCGAGACGCCCGCUUGGCUCUUCAUUAUUUCCUCCGGGA